CAUUCGGACAUUUUCGAGCAGACGACAAAUCAGAAAUCAGUAUCACCAUUUCGGAUUGAUAUAUGACGCUUUUCUUUGUCAAACAAUAAAAGUAAAUGCAAUCGAGUAUUUACAAACUAAGUGUUAAACCAAAUAUGCGGAAAAGGAACUCGAUUCCGAAGUCGCAACGUUUUUUCCUGAAAUAAAACCAGUUUUAUUGCGAGAGGAUCUUGGAAGCUAAUGAAAACAUCUUCGAUUGUUGAUUAAACUCGUGACAAAUUUCCAAAAGUAUUCGAAAUGAACAAGAAAAGUAAAGUCAACGAGGACAAAACCAAACCUCAUGGUUUUAAGAGGAAACUCCAGCCUGAAAAAAUUAUCGGCGCUACGGACUCUAGUGGAGAAUUGAUGUUUCUAAUGAAAUGGAAAGGAACAGAGGAAACGGAUUUAGUAACAGCAAAAGAAGCCAAUCUUCUCUGUCCACAAACAGUAAUACAGUUUUACGAAGAUAGACUUACGUGGAAUACCACUAAACCAAAUUCCAAGUAAGCUGUGAAUAGUCCUUUUAAGAAAUGGACAGGAGAUCUAGUAAUAAAUAUUGUCUGAAAGGGAUUUGACUGAAUGUUAGAUUACAGAUUACUAAUGAAUUAUUGAUGUAAAAUAUUUUGAUAAGUAGUUAUUAAUCUUUCUUUGAACUUGGUCGAGGUGAAGAAUGAUUUUCUCGUAAUUAUAUUCACCGAUAUUUUGUAUUCAACCUAUUCGUUUCAUUCAGCAUGGGAAAAUCCGUCUCAACUGGUAAAUUUAUUUAUACAGAAUGCUAACGUUUCAAUCCGAAGUAGUAAACGUGUAAGUUACUUAUUUUACUUUAAUUGAAAAUACAGAUAAGUUCUUUUAAUACUGUUUUCUGUAUCGUCUAUAUUUUUGAUAUUGAAACAUUGUACAUAAGCAUUAAAGUACAACCGAUGUUAGAGUUUUUAUGGGAUUUUAAGGGGAGUGCCACUAGUUUUUACAAUUUUUCAAGCAGUUCUUACUGUUGCUUUCAGUUAAUUUAAUCUGCAGCACACAUUUCUUGAAAUGAUUUUUCUUUUCUUCAUUCUUUUGAUAAAUUUUCUGGCAAUCUCAGCUAGUUACCUCGUUUCAUACCUCUAGUCUUAUUGCAGUAUGAAUGAUUGAAAUCUAUGAUUUCGAUAUUAACUAUGUACAAGGUUUAAGAAUUUCCAAAUAGAUGUUUCCAAUUGUCCGCAACUUUUGAAAAAUACACUUGACUUGGCGCGAUAUCUUCCUUGGUAAACGACGUUCUAUACAGAAAAAUUAAAGACAUUAACUAACUGCUUCCGUAUAUUCUUCUGUUUAGACCAAACGAUAUUUAAAUAAUGUCCUACUGAUUUAAGAAGAACUCUCUGGUUAACAAAGUCUGCGCCUGAAAUUAAGUAGAAACAUAAACUCUUUUCUAUAUUUUUUAAAGACAUGUUUCGAAUAGUUUGUCUCUGCAUAUUUAUAUUUUUAAGCACUAUUCUUAAGGCAAUUUGUAUGAGUGAUGAAAGAUGAAAA